AAGAAAGAAACGCUGAUACAAAAAAUCAUCUGAGAACUUGAAAUGUCCGAGUUUAUGGAAUUCCGUGAACCAACCCGUAUCGACACCAGUUUUAAUCAACGCCCCAUUGAAGACUACUACAGUUCAGAUGCCAUAGCAAGGAACCACCGCACUUCAAGUUCCCGCCAAGGUCGAGUACGGGACGUCACUUGGAUAUCGACCACCCAGCCUUCCGCUAGUAUCUACCCCCCGUCCAACUUGAAUGAUCCUCAGGUCUACCCUGGCCCGCCCCCGCCUCCUCAGCCAAUUUCAGGCAUGCCCACCCCGGUCAUUGGAGCACAAUCCAACAUACCGCCCUCAGAGUCGGACUGGGACGCAGAAUACAUGACUGUGGAUGCGGAUUUGGACCCUGAUGAAGGUUAUGGCUAUGGUUAUAGCGAGCAGAGCAAAAGGAGGGGAGGAGCAAAGACUUUUGUCGGUGGUUUCGUGAGUGGCCUCAAGAGACUCCCAAAGGCCAUGUCUAAAGGCCGUCUCCAUGAUCGCAAAGCGGUCCGGCACGAUACCACAGGUACUAUGGGCACAUCGCAGACCAUGCUUACUGUGGCGAAUAACUUGACUACCUCUACCCUCCCUCAGUAUCAGUCCUCUCAAAUGCAUGAUGAACCAUCAAACGUGCAGUAUGUCGAAGCGAGCCGGAUGCCCGUCGAAGAGCCCGCUCCUCCACCCCAGCACACACCCAGAGACCGUCGAGAACGGUCAAUAUUAUCAGCGGU